AGCGCGCAGGCCACAGAUGUACCAGAGGUGCCACCCCUGAGCGUCAUGGAUAAAAAGAUCGCCGGCGCAUCAGAGGAAGAGGAGUUCGAUGGCGUUGAGCGCAACACAUCAAAGUUGACCAGCAUCAGGAAGAGUUGGGUCAUCGGCGAGGCCCUAAAAUACGUUGGUUCCGAUCCCGAUCCGACCGAAGACGCCUGGCCGGAGGUGAUUGACAAAGUGCCAUUCUGCACCUCUUGUCUCAAGAGGUUACGAAGCACGUAUGGACUUCUCGGCACAGUGGAGGCACCGCUCAGGACAGAUCCGUUGUCGAAGUUUGCGGACGGGCACAUAUUUGAAACGCUUAUUCACGUAACUAUUCUUCUCAACAGCUUGUUUAUGGUCUUCGCGGCAGAUCAGGAAAUGGCUUACUACGACCAGGAAGUGCCAGAGGUGGUUCAAGUUGGCGAGCUGUGUUUCUUAGUUGCCUAUUCGUUUGAGUUCGUCGUGAAACUGUGGCGUUACCACGGGUAUUUUUUCAUUGACGUCGAUUGGAAAUACAAUUGGGUCGAUGUCACCCUCCUUGUCCUUAGUGCUUAUUCAAUUUUUUUUGAAUCCAUGCUUCCGAACCUCUCUUGGCUGCGGAUGAUGCGAAUGCUCAGGUUGUUCAAGGUGAUCCGCGUGCUUCGCUUGAUAUCCAUGGUGAAGCCUUUACGCGCAAUUCUCAAGUCGUUGUUCGAAACCUUGGGUACGCUUUUCUGGAGUCUGACACUGCUGGCGUUGAUUUUAGCAUUGUUUGCUCUGAUUUUCGUUAUGCGCGUUGCGAGCUACAUGAAAGAUGAGGGCCAGUCGUUGGACGAAGAUGCCGCAGAGGCGCUCUUGAGUUCUUACAGUUCGGUGGGGGUGACGUUCAGACAUCUGUUCGAAGCUACCACUGGUGGGAACGAUUGGAUUGUAUUCUACUCUCCGCUGGAGCCGACCGGCUUUGUCAACUGUGGAAUAUUUUAUUUCUUCGUGGCCUUUACUCAGAUUGCAGUUCUGAACACCCGAAGG